AUGGAGGAAUUUGAAGAAGAAUUGGAACAAGUGCGAGAAACAAAGGAGAAAGAAUGGGCUGAAGAGAAAGAGGACUUUGAAAUGAGAGUGAGGAAUGAGUAUAAUGAGAUCAUUAAAGCUGAAGACGAGCUUAUUAGAGUUCUUACAGAGGAAAAAGACUUCUUUCUAAACGAACUUUGUGAUCUGAGGAGAUCAUUCGACCUUUUCACUAGACACGUUUAUCGCGAUGCAUUCUAUCACCUGAGCUUGUGAAACGAGAACGAAAUCCCUGACACCAUUACAAAGUCAACGGCGAAUGGAACUGCAGGCAGUUGCUCUGACAAGGUCUUUAAUAUAGCGGACAACAGGGAACUUUUGACUCUCCUGCGGAAACAAGAAGAAAUCAUGUUAGGAUCGUUUGAGAGAGAAAAAGCUGCGAUGUCAGGAAGGUUUCAGCAGGAGAAAGCCUCUUUGCGCAAAGUUGUGGAAGACGAAUGUGAAUCGAAGUACUCUUUUUAGCGAGCUUAUCUUCUGCAGAGCAUUGAAGUCCUCAAAGAAGGUCUUGAUAGUUUGAGAAUUCAAAAACAUGAACUUGCCAAAAUUUUCGAAGGGGAAAAGAAUGCCAUGGAGCUCAGCUUUAAACGAAAGGAAGAUGAACUGCGNACUGAGACCGCGGAGAGCAGAAGAGAAGCGUUUUUCCAAUUUAAAGAAGAGGUUGAUAAUUCUGAUAAAAGUGCCAGCAAUGUCCGCGGAAAAAAAUUAUAGACACCAAAGAAUCGUCGUGUCAAACAGAAUUUGACGAAAUCUUGCGGCGACAAAUGGAGGAAUUUGAAGAAGAAUUGGAACAAGUGCGAGAAACAAAGGAGAAAGAAUGGGCUGAAGAGAAAGAGGACUUUGAAAUGAGAGUGAGGAAUGAGUAUAAUGAGAUCAUUAAAGCUGAAGACGAGCUUAUUAGAGUUCUUACAGAGGAAAAAGACUUCUUUCUAAACGAACUUUGUGAUCUGAGGAGAUCAUUCGACCUUUUCACUAGACACGUUUAUCGCGAUGCAUUCUAUCACCUGAGCUUGUGAAACGAGAACGAAAUCCCUGACACCAUUACAAAGUCAACGGCGAAUGGAACUGCAGGCAGUUGCUCUGACAAGGUCUUUAAUAUAGCGGACAACAGGGAACUUUUGACUCUCCUGCGGAAACAAGAAGAAAUCAUGUUAGGAUCGUUUGAGAGAGAAAAAGCUGCGAUGUCAGGAAGGUUUCAGCAGGAGAAAGCCUCUUUGCGCAAAGUCGUGGAAGACGAAUGUGAAUCGAAGUACUCUUUUUAG